AAUGGAAUAUAGCAGCCUGAUAGAUAAAGGUGGUGAUUUCAAAUACGGACAAAAUGCGAAGGAUAAGGCAGAUGAAAGUAGUAUUAAGAUAAGGUCCUACUAUCAGCCAGCUAAUAAGGAAAGAAGGGGGUUAGAAAAGAGGGAAGAGAGAAAAUUGCUGAACAAAACCAGUGCCCAAGUAAAAGUCCAGUUCCCUUCAAAAAUGUCCAGACAGAACAAUUUCGCCAUCAGUAGAUUCGCCAAUGAAUCAGUUAAACGGUCUCGAGCUGAAGGAGAGCAGCUGGCUAAUAAAUUAAAGUAACAACAAUUCUAAGGGAGGGCUCCGAGAUAGGUCGAGGGACUUUGUAGCAUCUAAGCGGAGGGACCCAUCAGUAAAGUUCCCCAGAACUUCUAAGGAGUAUCAAUUUACGAAGAAAGAGAAGACGGAUGGAAAUAAACGAAAGGGUUCAGGAUCAAACAGUCCAAUCCCUUUCAAGAAUAAAAAUUAUCGACAUAAUAAAAGUAGAAAGUAUCCAAAAUUGACAGGAGUCGGCUAUCCUUCAAGUCUCAGAAACAAGUCUCUCAAAUAAGUUUCCCGAUAAGCCUUCACCUACUCCCACUAUGUCAUUUGAUAGCGACUCUUCCAAGAUUAAGCCUCAGUCAUCCAUUAACAGGUUUUACAAGUCCAGAAUCGCUGUGGCCAGCAAGAGCAAACUCUCUGAAGCCAACAAAAGUUCGAGAAGCAUCGGUCACAGAACCGUGCAGAGUCAUGAAGACAAUAUCAGAAUCGAUCAUGUUGAAGCAGUGGCCAAGCGAGAGAUCCCGGUGUUGCCUCGCAAAGCCACUCCAUCCAAUGUCAGAAGCAAGUCUACGAGCGAGCGUACAUUCUAUUUCACAAGCGCUCAAGAAGCUUCAGACGAACCUGGGCACUCGAGAGGCCUCAGCAACUACGAAGGCACCAGAAGAAGAUCCAAGCAAUCUGUCAAAGAGUACCAGGCGUCAAGGUACAGUGCAAGAAGCUGCGACCAUGUCAAAGACUACAUGCUCAAGAAAAAGGAAAAAGAUACCUUAUUCAGAUACUUGCAGCAGGGUGGAAACAUUGUUGAGUUCGAACGAUACAUCAAAAGCGAAACACCAGACCUCAACUGCAGAAACGAAGACUGGCUGACGCCAUUGCAUGUGUGAGCUCAGACAAACAUGAGUACAGCCUGGAUCUCGAUACUUCUCAGGCACGGUGCUGACAUCAACCGCAGAACUCCGAACAACAAAACAGCGCUGCACUUUGUAUGCGAAAACGGCAACUCCAAUGUUGCUGCAUUGCUUCUCAAAUGGAGAGCCGACUGUUCCAUCAAAGACAACGACCAGAAUACUCCAUUGCUGAUUGCUAAAGCCAUGAACCACAAAGACUUAAUCAAGCUGUUACAGACCAAGAGCAAAGACUUGGUUGUCAAAGCGAAGUACUCUAAAUAUCCCAGAGGCAUGGACAUUGCCAAGAAGCUGUCUACGUCAAGAAAGAGGCCUGUCAGAGCAGACAAGUCUAAAUAAGAGAUUCCACACGAACUUCCAAUCGAACUCAAGCAAAAAGCUUCUGAAGAACAAACAGUAUUCAGGGUUCUUGAACAAGGGUUCGAAGAAAGACAGCAUUUCGAACUCGAAGCAUCUCAAUAAAGCGAAGCUGGCGCCUGAAGACAAACUCAGGCUCGAUAACAGAGACAUUCCGAUUCACAGCAAACGGAACUCGUCUCCAUUGUCGAACUUCACUACUGACUACAACACUCGGAGAGUCAAGAAGAGCCACUUGUACAGACCUAGCGCUACAUACUCACUUGAGAUUGACAGUCCGACUCCAGGUGUGCCUGUGAGUAAGCUUCCUUUGCAGCUUAGGUCACCGAAUGCAAGUGGCGCUAAAGACUCUACAACCGAGAAGAGUGUCCGUGUCAAGUACCAAGACAUGGAACCCAAUACCACCAACAGAUAUCGCAGAAGUAACGUCUCGAACUACGAAGCUAGUGCUCGUCAGACCCCGCAUGAAGCUCAUAGUGAAACUCAGCAAAGGCAAGACUUCUUGAAUUACAUCAACAUUUCGAAAGAUGGUUCUGCACUCAGAGGCGCGACUCCUCACCAGAACGACUCCAAGAAGCAGUCUCUGUACCAAGGAGGCUUUAGCAAAGAUGAUAGACAGCCAGAAGCCACUGCUGAGUUCAACCACCCUCGUACAGUCGAGCGUCCAGAGAAAGCUGAAGUACUUCCAGAGCGAGGCAACAAAGCCGAGAGCAUUGCAAGUUCACAAGAAGAGCACAAGAAGAGUACUUCAACAAGCAAAGGACUCAGCAGCGACACACCCUGCCCAGACCUUGACCAGGAUAUUGCACCUGAAAUUGCUGAGUUCAGUCUAAAGAGCAGGACUCUUAACCAGAGCAAGCCAUCUGUCAGGCACAGAUAUGCUGACCUUGAAGAUGAAGAUGAUGAUGAUUCAGAUGAAGAACAGAAAGUUUACUACAGAGGAAGAGGCAUCAGCAAAGAAAUGCAAGAAACCGAAAUUCCCGAGCAAUACAGGCUUGACAAAGGCAAAGACUUGACUCCCCAGAUGUUCGAGAUCCAGUCAUUGCUCGGCAAAGGCGCAUUUGGCAAAGUGUACCUGGUCACCAAGAAAGACACUGGUAAGCCCUACGCAAUGAAAGUGUUGUCUAAGGACCAAAUCAUCCAAAACAGAAUCACACGGUAUGCCUUGUCAGAGAAGAACGUGAUGAGCAGAGUACCCCAUCCGUUCAUCGUGGGACUGAACUAUGCCUUUCAGACCCAAGAGUUCUUGUACCUGAUUCUGGACUACUGUCCGGGAGGAAACAUCGGAGACUUGCUGGACAGAGUGAACAACUUGGAAGAAGAGCAAGCAAAGAUGUACACUUGAGAAAUAGUGCUGGCACUUGAAGAACUUCACAAGAAUGAUAUUAUCUAUCGUGACCUUAAACCAGAUAAUGUCGUUAUUGAUCAUGAAGGUCAUGUAAGACUCACAGAUUUUGGCCUUGCUAAAGAAAAUGUUCAGGACGAUACUCUCGCAAUGUCAUUCUGAGGCUCUACAGCAUACCUCGCUCCAGAAAUGAUCCAGAGGACGGGACAUGGAAAGGCAGUUGAUUGGUACUUGCUGGGCAUUCUUGUAUACGAAAUGAUAACAGGGAUUCCUCCAUUUUAUUGAAACGACAAAAACAAAAUGAUGAAGAAUAUCCUCACGAAGCCACUUAAGCUUCCAAGGUUUGCUUCUUCUAAAUGUAGGAGUAUCCUAAAAAUGCUCCUAACCAAAGAUCCUGAGAAGAGACUGGGAUCAGGAAAAUAUGAUGCAAAGAUCGUGAAGUCUCACCCUUGGUUUGAAGAUGUAAACUGGGAAGACGUUUACAACAGGAGACUGCCAGUUCCUCAAGAUAUCAACUACGAGAAAAACGAUGAGUCAGCUAACGUACUCAGUUCAAGGUUGAUAAGAUAUCAAAACGACGAUGAUAUGAAAGUCCAUACACAGGAAGAUGAAUAUAUUGAGGGUUGGUCAUACCAUCACGAAUUAGCUCAGCAAGAGUUCAUAUAAUCCUCCAAAAAUUAUAUAAAAAUCCCAU